GGCUGCCUCCAGCACGCCCCACACAGGGAAUUCAGCCCAUAAUCCGGGCAACACAAAGGAGCAUGGAACCGUGGGUCCACGCUCAACCACUGAGCCAGGCCAGCUGAGCAGUUUUGUGUUUUGUAACCCGAACUACUGUAGGUGAUGUCCGAACUGACUUCAGAAGACCAAGGGAAAUUGGUCGGGUGGGAGAGCAAGAGGGCAGAGUAGCAGGUGAGCUCAGUGAAAGCUUGACGAAAACGACGAUUACACAAGUGCCCGCGCCUCCGCCCCACACCCGCGUUCCUUGCAAGCUGUAGUCACUAGUCUCCUCCUUCCGCCCCGAGCGUGGCGCAACUGUCUGACGUCAUGAUUGCGCCACACAGUUUACUCUGGCCGCGCAAACUCUGUGGCGCGUCCACCCGGCGCGCAGGGGCGGACGUUCUCUCAGCGCCGGAAGUCGAGGGCACGUGACCGGGUGACAGCACUCGCUGGACUGCAGGGCUCGCUUUAGGUGUUGCGGCACGCACGGGAUGGCGGAGGCUCCUCCUGUCUCAGGUACUUUUAAAUUCAAUACGGAUGCUUCUGAGUUCAUUCCUCAGGAGAGGAAAAAAUCUGGUCUACACUGUGGGAGUCAAAGAAGACUAGAUUCUAAUAGGAUUGGUAGAAGGAAUUGCAGUUCACCACCUCCGUGUCACCUUUCCAGGCAAAUCCCUUAUGAUGACAUCUCUGCUGUUCAUCAGUACAGUUACCAUCCUUCAGGAAGCAAGCCUAAGAGUCAACAGCUUCCUUUCCAAUCCUCUGCUUCUAAUAAAUCACUCAAGAACCUUCAGAAUCAACCUGUACAGAAAUUGAGGAGUGAAAAGCAGCAUAUCAGAGUCAAGAGAGUACAGAGUGUAACUGACCAGACCUCAGAUGUAUCUGGCUUAGAAAAUGUGGCCAGAUCAGAGAGUGGGACAAAGCUCAGAGAACACAGCCCUGCUGAAAGUGAGAAGGAAAUUGUUGGUGCAGAUCCCAGGGGAGCAAAACCAAAAAAAGCAGCCCAGUUUGUCUAUAGCUAUGGUAGAGGGCCGAAAGUCAAGGGGAAGCUCAAAGCUGAGUGGGGUAACAGAAUGACACCCAAACCCGAGGAUGCCGGGUCUGAAAAUAUCAAACCUGUGGGGGCUAUCCACCCUGACUCUUCAGAUACAUCCGUUAGAAAAGGAGUACCGGAUGGGUCUGGGGCCAGACGCAAUGAACAGAGAAGACACUCACAGAAGAGGCCUCCCUGGGAAGUGGAGGGGGCGAGGCCACGUCCAGGCAGGAAUCCGCCGAAACAGGAGGGUCAACGACAUACAAGCGCAGGCGCCAGAAACAGCAUGGCCCCCAUUCUAAAGGACAACCUUACCGAACGACCAGCAAAGUCUGCCUGCAACAACGGGAACUUGGCAGUUGUCAACAAGUCUUCCAGAAGGAUUGACCCAGAGAAAUGUGCCAUAAGGAGGCAGGAUCCUCUCCCCCGAGGCAAACAGAACCCCGUGCUAAAGAAUGUGGAAACUCACACAGGUUCUCUAGUUGAACAACUAACUACAGAAAAGUAUGAGUGCAUGGUGUGCUGUGAAUUGGUUCGCGUCACGGCCCCUGUGUGGAGUUGUCAGAGCUGUUACCACGUGUUUCAUUUGAGCUGCAUAAAAAAAUGGGCAAGGUCUCCAGCAUCUCAAGCAGAUGGCCAGAGUGGUUGGAGGUGCCCUGCCUGUCAGAACGUUUCUGCACAUGUUCCCAAUACCUACACUUGUUUCUGUGGCAAGGUAAAGAAUCCUGAAUGGAGCAGAAAUGAAAUUCCACAUAGUUGUGGUGAAGUUUGUAGAAAGAAACAGCCUGGACAGGACUGCCCACAUUCCUGUAAUCUGCUCUGCCAUCCUGGACCUUGCCCACCCUGUCCCGCCUUUAUGACUAAAACAUGUGAAUGUGGACGAACCAGGCACACAGUUCGCUGUGGUCAGGCUGUCUCAGUCCACUGUUCUAACCCAUGUGAGAAUGUUCUGAAUUGUGGUCAGCACCGCUGCGCUGAGCUGUGCCACGGGGGUCCGUGCCAGCCUUGCCGCAUCAUAUUGAACCAAGUAUGCUACUGUGGCAACACCUCGCGAGAUGUGUUAUGUGGAACGGACAUAGGAAAGUCUGAUGGAUUCGGUGAUUUUGGCUGUUUAAAGAUAUGUGGCAAGGAUUUGAAAUGUGGGAACCACAUGUGUUCCCAAGUGUGCCACCCUCAGCCCUGCCAGCCAUGCCCACGGCUCCCCCAUCUGGUACGCUAUUGCCCUUGUGGGCAAACUCCUCUCAGCCAAUUGCUAGAACUUGGAAGUAGUGGUCGAAAAACGUGCAUGGAUCCUGUCCCUUCAUGUGGAAAAGUGUGCGGCAAGCCUCUGUCUUGUGGUUCCUCAGAUUUCAUUCAUACCUGUGAAAAGCUCUGCCAUGAAGGAGACUGUGGACCAUGCUCUCGCACAUCAGUUAUUUCCUGCAGAUGCUCUUUCAGAACAAAGGAGCUUCCAUGUACCAGUCUCAAAAGUGAAGGUAUGACUGGGAAGGGGCAUGAAGAAACUUUCUGGAGUAAAGAUGCUACAUUUAUAUGCGAUAAGAGGUGUAACAAGAAAAGGUUGUGUGGACGGCACAAAUGUAAUGAGAUAUGCUGUGUGGAUAAGGAGCACAAAUGUCCUUUGAUUUGUGGGAGGAAACUCCGUUGUGGCCUCCAUAGAUGUGAAGAACCUUGUCAUCGUGGGAACUGCCAGACAUGCUGGCAAGCCAGUUUUGAUGAAUUAUCCUGCCACUGUGGUGCAUCAGUGAUCUACCCUCCAGUUCCCUGUGGUACCAGGCCCCCUGAGUGUACCCAAACCUGUGCCAGAGUCCAUGAUUGUGACCAUCCAGUAUAUCAUUCUUGUCACAGUGAAGAGAAGUGUCCCCCUUGUACUUUCCUAACUCAGAAAUGGUGCAUGGGCAAACAUGAGUUACGAAGCAACAUCCCAUGUCACCUGGUGGAUAUCUCUUGCGGAUUACCUUGCAGUGCUGCGCUACCGUGUGGAAUGCACAGGUGUCAGAGACUCUGUCACAAAGGAGAGUGUCUUGUGGAUGAGGCUUGCAAGCAGCCCUGCACCACCCCCAGAGCUGACUGUGGCCACCCAUGCAUGGCACCCUGCCACCUCAGCUCCCCCUGCCCUGUGACUGCUUGCAAAGCCAAGAUUGAGCUGCAGUGUGAAUGUGGACGAAGAAAAGAGAUCAUGAUUUGCUCUGAAGCAUCCAGUACUUAUCAAAGAAUAGCUGCUAUUUCCAUGGCCUCUAAAAUAACAGACAUGCAGCUUGGAGAUUCAGUGGAGAUCAGCAAGUUAAUUACUAAGAAGGAAAUGCACCAAGCCAGGCUGGAAUGUGAUGAGGAGUGUUCAGCCUUAGAAAGGAAAAAGCGAUUAGCAGAGGCAUUUGAUAUCAGUGAUGAUUCUGAUCCUUUCAACGUACGUUCUUCAGCAUCAAAAUUUAGUGACAGUUUGAAAGAAGAUGCCAGGAAGGACCUAAAGUUUGUCAGUGACGUGGAGAAGGAAAUGGAAGCCCUCGUGGAAGCCGUGAAUAAGGGAAAGAACAGUAAGAAGAGCCACUUCUUCCCUCCCAUGAACAGAGACCACCGCCGGAUCAUCCACGACCUGGCCCAGGUGUACGGCCUGGAGAGCGUGAGCUAUGACAGUGAACCGAAGCGCAAUGUCGUCGUCAUUGCCGUCAGAGGGAAGUCUGUUUGUCCAGCUACCACGUUGACAAGUGUACUUGAAAAGGAAAUGCAAGCACGGCCUCCACCCCCAAUUCCUCAUCACAGACAGUCAGACAAGAAUGCUGGGAGCAAUAAUUUACAGAAGAUAGAAAAGGAGACGGUAAUUGACUACUUUGAUGUCCAGGACUGAGAAACUCAAGAUGCACUUAGAUGAAAGAAUGAUUAGUUCUAGAGUUUUCGAAAAAGAUAACUUGGAGAAUGGUGGACAUGAGGACUAUUUCUGAAGCAACAGGGAGGAGGAAAGCGGGAGAGAGAAUGCAGAGUGAGAAGGCACCCGAGGGCUGAGCCUGGAGGGCAUUAGAUGUGCUCGCUGCAGCAGGGGUUGACAUGAAAGAAGAACCAAGAGAAACUGUGUCCUGGACAUCAGGGAGAAGCAGCGUUUCCAAGGAGGGUGUGGCCCACACAGUCCGGUGCAGCCUUUGGGUCAAGUUCAUGAAGGCCUAGAAAGCCUCCCUUUGGAUGGGACAAGCCAGAGGUCAUUGAUAACGUGGUGAGCACUGUAUCCUCAGGCCAGGGGGACGGGAGCCAGGUCUUGGAGGCUGAGGUGAGUAAGCUGAGAGGAAGAGGUGAAGGGCUCCAGGCUAGACUGCCCUUUGGGAACCUGCCUGAGAAGGAAGGGAGCGAGAACGUGAUAAACAAAGGGCUCGUGGGACGAAGGGAGGGGCGUUUUGUUCUGUGUGGCGCUGUUUUAAGGAGAGAGGCUUGGGUAUGUUACGACCCAGAGAGGGAGAGGCUGGAGAUGAAGGGGAGAGAGGAAGGACAGGUUAAAGUAUCUCAGUAGACUGAGGGAGGGGACUGACAGGGUUAAAGGAGGGGCCCUGCCUGAGGGUAGGGGGAGAAAUGUGGAUGGAUACACAGGUAGGUGUGUUCUGGUGGUGAGAGGGACAGGUGGGUAAGGAGCCAGACACAGAAGCCCGCCUGAUGGUUUUCUCUUU